UCUGGCAACGUCUGCAGAGCCCACUCUCACUGCUGUCGUCACGAGGUCAGGUAGAAGGAGCGAAGAUGGCGACUGCCUACGAAAGAUACAAUUUGCACACGACCCCUGAGAAGUUCUUCAUUGAGGCCUGCGAUGAGGGUGCUGAUGCUGUGCUGGCAAUUGACAGGGUUUCAAAUGAGAUGACCCUCACAGGUAAAAAGGAUGUUCCUCCCUCUGCGGUUACCAGGCCUAUAUGUGGCAUCAUGGGAACUAUCCGCCUGGUGGCAGGGAUGUACCUCAUUGUCAUCACCAGGAAGAGAAAUGUUGGCAGCCUUCUGGGCCACGCUGUGUGGAAGGCUGUGGACUUUGAUGUGAUUUCCUAUAAGAAGACAGUGCUGCAUCUGUCUGAGAUUCAGUCUCAGGAGAAUAAGACCUUCCUAACUAUGCUUAACAAUGUGCUGACUACGGACGGCUUCUACUUCUGCACUGACUUCGACCUGACACACACACUGCAGCGGCUGGCCAACACCAGCCCUGACUUCCAGGAGAUGAGUCUGCUAGAGAGGGCAGAUCAGAGGUUUGUGUGGAACGGGAACCUCCUGAGAGAACUGGCUGGGCAGCCCGAGCUUCAUAGGUUCGCACUUCCUGUAAUCCAUGGAUUCAUUGUCAUGAAACCAUGUCGUAUAAAUGGGAAGAUCUUUGAGUGGAUCCUCAUAUCGAGGAGAAGCUGCUUCCGGGCUGGCGUCAGAUACUACGUUAGAGGCAUUGACUCUGAAGGCCAUGCUGCUAACUUUGUGGAAACUGAGCAGAUAGUUUUGUAUGAGGGAGCAAAGGCUUCAUUUGUACAGACACGAGGCUCAAUGCCCUUUUACUGGAGUCAGAGGCCCAACCUCAGAUACAAACCUAAACCUAUAAUCAGCAAAGCCACAAGUCAUAUGGACGGCUUCCAGAGGCAUUUUGACUCUCAGCUCCUUAUCUAUGGGAAGCAAACUAUUCUGAACCUAGUAAAUCAGAAGGGCUCAGAGAAGCCCCUGGAGCAGGCCUUUGCCAAGAUGGUGUCUGGCAUGAAUAAUGAUAUGCUAAAAUACAUAGCCUUCGACUUCCACAAAGAGUGCAGCCACAUGAGGUGGGACCGUCUUCAGAUCCUAGUGGAUUCUGUCGCUGAGACACAAGAUGAAUAUGGCUAUUUCAUGGUGAACUCAGAGGGAAAGACGAUGGCCCAGCAGAAGGGAGUGUUCCGCAGUAACUGCAUGGACUGCCUGGACAGGACCAACGUCAUCCAGAGCCUGCUCGCUCGACGCUCGCUGCAGACCCAGCUUCAGAGGAUCGGGGUUUUGAAUGUGGGUCAGCGCAUUGAAGAGCAGGCUGAGUUUGAAAAGAUCUACAAGAACGCAUGGGCUGACAAUGCCAAUGCAUGCGCUGUACAGUAUGCAGGAACUGGAGCCUUAAAAACAGACUUCACAAGGACUGGGAAGAGGACCAGGUGGGGGCUGCUAAUGGAUGGCUGGAACUCGAUGAUUCGCUAUUACAAAAACAACUUCUCUGAUGGAUUCAGACAGGAUUCCAUCGACCUGUUCCUGGGUAACUUUGCUGUCGAUGACUCAGAUGGACCCACUCCGCUUCGUGUGCAAAAGGACUGGAAGUUCCUCACACUGCCCAUCAUCAUGCUGGUGGCAUUUUCCAUGUGCAUUGUCUGUCUUCUCAUGGCUGGUGACACGUGGACAGAGACCCUGGCUUACGUGAUGUUCUGGGGAGCUGCAAGUGCAAUCACAGCCACUAUCAUCCUGUUUAAUGGCCAAGACUUUGUGGACGCCCCUAAGUUGGUUCACAAGGAGAAGAUGGACUAAGUGUGUGCUUGUUUAUGUGAGGAAUAGCUGGGUCUGGCGGGCUCAUAUACCUCAUCAUCUUCACCAUCUCCUUCCACAGGUCUGGAAUCUGGGUUGAUCUGCUGCCUCCAUAUUGCCCUCUAAAAUUUCUCAUCCAAAAGAGUCUUUAUCUCUGUGCAACAAAUUUUUACCUUCUUCAGUUGUGCUGCACACACUCCUUAUCACAGUUUACAUUUAAUUACUUAUUGUCCUCGGGCUCUAUUUGAGGUUGGUUUCACUAGUUUAGUUUUGUUGAUGUUGGUUGUCCAUUUCCAAAAAACACAAAACAAAAAACAAUCAUUCCCUGCACUACACCCCCCCCCCCCCCCAUUCCCCCACUAUGCAUUAUUUUUACUGUCCUGUCUGUACUCACCUUUUAGUUAAGCCUUCAACAGUUACACCCAAAGCUGUGGCGAUGAAACAUGCACAUAUUAAAAGCUAUGUUGUAUUUCGAUGAAAAGUGUGGACUCCGGGAGUUUUAAACAUAAUGAGCCUUAGCUGUUUAUUAAUGAUGUAAAUAUGUGGCCGAUCUGUAUGGAGUGAACAAUAUGUCUUCCUGUGAAGCUAUCAAUGGCUGUUUUAUCAAUGGCUUUCUUUAUGAUCUUCUGUUCUUCAUAGAAGCACAAAAUGUGUGGCUACAUACUGAUCUAGCCCUUAGUAUUAAAAGUUCAGUGUUCCACAGCACAGCCUGACUUGUGAUUUGCUCCGCAGUUCCGAUUUCAAGCUGUAUAUGGUUAAGAAUGUGGAGCUCAUCUUGUCACAUCUCUGAGCAAGUUACAGAUGACAAAUUAAAAGAAUCACCACAGAACAAUACGCUACAAUAUACUGCUGAACAUCUUUUUGGAACUGCAUCAUCAUUUGGUUGAUGGUCUAAUUGUUCAAAAAAACCAACUACAACAAAGUGUUCAUUUUGAGUUUUCAGUGCCUGCUGUUAAGACCAUUCAGUCACAUUUUUAUUUUCCUGUAAGCAUUUGGUUUUCCUCUGAAUAGCCCCCACGACCCUGACAAGGGUAAGCGGAAGAGAGUGGAUGGAUGGAUGGAUGGAUGGCAUUCAUUACAUCAGUGAGUUACUAGGAGCACUUGUAACAAUAUUAUGUCUGAAAUGCACCGAUCAGAGGAUAUGUUAGUGGUUUCCUGUGGUGUCUGGCUUCCUGACACUGGCAGCAGAUCUUUAGAGUCCAGCAGAGUUUCAUGGCUCAGGUUUACUUUGAUCAUCAAACUGGAGGCCGUCAUCACCUCGGGCUCUUUGUCAUAUUAUAAGCUGUUUCUGAGCAGUUUUGCAGUGUGGCGGAUCGCAUUUUCUUGCUGGUGAAGGCCACUGCCAGGCAUGACCUUUGUCUUCAGGUAUAUUUUGUUGGGUCGUGCAGGUCAAAGUAGUAUCUAAAUGAAUGCCAGGAACCAAAGUUUCUGCCAGAACAUUAUAUUGUAACAAGUGAUCGGUGUUUGACAUUUCACCUGCCAGUGGUUUCAGGUUGACAUGUAGCCACAUGUCUGGAACAAGCCAAUGAGGAAUUUGAUGAUUUUAACCACCUUAAAGCUGCUUUAGGGAAACCAGACUGGGAGAAGUAUUUGUUAAAGGGCUGAAGUAUCAGUUAUGAGCAGCUACAGACUCUGGAGGGUUCCAUAAACUGCUGCACAUCCAUAUGUAAUGUUUUCAGUUUUGUUCAGUUUUUUUUGUUACUUGAGAGGUUGUGGCUUGUUUCUUUUGCAGUCUGGAAGAUGAUAUGUGCAGUUUCUCAAUUUCAGUUACCACCCUGCUAAUUGUCAUGUUCCAUUUCUUUUGAGAAUUAGCAUAUGGGCCUUAAGGAUAAGGGUAUAGUGGUCAUCUAAACCAUCAAAUGGCCCCUGUGGCUUUAUGACACUUUCUUUUUUUAUUUUUUUUUUUGGGUGGGGCUAAACAACACCUUCCCCAUUGUUCCCCAAAAGAGACAGGACCCCUUACCCUACCCCCAGCUACCACAUUAGUGUAAGGGGGAACUGGGAUCUGGCUGUCAAAAUAAUAUCUUUUUUGCACCAGAUGAUAACUCAGUGUGAUAAAUGUCAGGUAAAUGACAGGUAAACAUUUUAUUAAUGCCUUCUUUAUCCAAUAUGAGACACAGGAUUGUACCUUGUGUGUACAAGAUCCUAGAGUCCUCAUUUCUUGCGGAGUUGCCAGUAAGCUACAGUAACCAGUCCAGCUCAUUUCCUUUCACCAGCUUAUACAGUUGUGGAAUCUGUCUCCUGAACACAGUGACUUACAGUGUCUGUAUAUUUUGAGAAGGAGAUCCCCAUCAGCAGAAAUAACUGUUUAGUGUCAUUUGUGGGAGUAAGUGGUGGGUUUAGCUGUACAGUAAGCAGCUCCCUUUCUUUUCUGUAACCGUGUACUGCUGCAGGCUUAAAGCUGUCUGAAGGUUCCACCUUUUCUUAUUUUUUUUUCUUCUUUCCAACAGUGGAGCCAGUGACAUGUUACUGUAACACAAGCUCCUGCUCAGCAAAAGUGCACUAUUGGAUGUGUGGGGUAUAAUAUGACUCUCAAACCUCAUUGUAUUGCAACAAUACAUUAUUUUCAUGUGGAAGCAGGGCCUCAGCUCUGAGCUCGGUGAGGUCAUACUUGUUUGGGUUUUAUGUUUUUUUUUUUUUGUUUUGGUUUCUAGACACAUGUGACAAACAUAAUUCAGAAACAUUUGUCAUAAAGAAAGAAUACAAAAUAGAAAACAUAAUAAAUAAAGCAUUUUUAUUAACAUCUCUUUGAGAUGCAGACAUGUAUGUUCUUUCCAAACAUAGAAAACAAUGUCAUAACUGUGCAGUACAGCUGAUGUUGGUGUUUUAUGUCUGAAUGUUGCUGAUAAUUGUCACAUAUUAGGAACACUGGGGUUGUAUAGCUAUAAACAAGAUUCUACAUGUCUCAUCUGUUCAGAAUAUUUAGUUUUUUGUGUGUGGUAGAACAUGUCAAUGAUUUUAUGCUUCUUCAGCACUCUCCUUCCAGAACCAGACUUUAUCUUUGUUAAUAAACUGAACACACAUGUUAUGG